GACCAUACACCCGCGUACCUAUCUGUUGAUCUGUUACGCUCCGAGCGCUAAGGUCGUGUCACACCAUUCUGACUGAGCUGAACGCCGCCCGUCAUGAGACGUCGGUAAACAAAACACGCAGAUCUAGUCCGAACCUUUAGAAGAUAUUCAAAUUUCAUUCUGAAUUUAUGUGAUAAAAGUGUAAUCCGUGCGUGUCGUGAGUGGGGUAAACGGCCCGCCGUCUGCCACCCACGGACUAUAGUACUAGUGCUCUACGUAGUAUUUGCACCACCAGUGCUCAUCAGAGUAACUGAAAAUUCGCGCCAUUUUGGUUUCUGGCUCACUCGUAAAAGUCAAAACAAUGAAGGCUACAUCAUUGAUUUUUCUUCUCCAGAAAUACAUUUCUGAAUACAGUGUGGAAGUGUCGCGGUGAGGAAUUAUGGAGGGCGCGGACGGAAGCGAAGAGUUGUUGGAUUGGGAGGCUUUGUAUCGGUCCCCGGUACAGAAUAGUUCUUUUAACACCACGGAGUGGGUUCCCAGUACAUGGAACACAUCAGUGGCAAAUACCUCCUGGCUGGAUGAGUCCGCGCCCUUCGAUUCAGCAUCUGCUCUGCUGCGGGCCGCUGCCAAAGCUGUGCUACUGGGAUUACUCAUCUUGGCAACUGUAGUUGGUAAUGUGUUCGUGAUAGCAGCAAUACUUCUGGAAAGACAUCUACGCAGCGCUGCUAAUCAUCUUAUCCUCUCGCUAGCAGUGGCGGAUCUUUUAGUGGCUUGCUUGGUAAUGCCACUUGGAGCUGUGUACGAGGUUGCACAACGCUGGACCUUAGGCCCAGAGCUGUGUGACAUGUGGACUUCCGGAGACGUUUUAUGCUGCACAGCGUCCAUUCUGCACCUAGUUGCAAUCGCGCUUGACAGGUACUGGGCUGUGACUAACAUCGACUACAUUCACGCGCGAACUGCACGUCGUGUGGGAUAUAUGAUUGUAUGCGUCUGGGCUGUGAGUUUCCUGGUCUGUAUCGCACCGUUGCUGGGUUGGAAAGACCCUGACUGGGAUCGUCGCGUCUCCGAAGAUUUGCGGUGUGUUGUAAGCCAAGAUGUGGGCUAUCAAAUAUUUGCAACUGCUUCAUCGUUUUACGUGCCAGUACUCGUGAUCUUAAUACUAUAUUGGCGAAUAUAUCAAACUGCUAGAAAAAGGAUAAGACGACGCCAUGGUACAACGACUAGAGGUGUAGGCCCACCCCCAGUCCCAGCGGGUGGAGCAUUAGUUGCUGCUGGGGGAAGUGGAGGGAUCGCUGCAGCUGUGGUUGCAGUCAUCGGCCGCCCUCUCCCAACUAUUUCUGAAACUACUACAACGGGUAUUACUAAUGUCUCGUCUAACAAUACAAGCCCAGAGAAACAGUCGUGCGCAAAUGGGUUGGAAGCAGAUCCACCCACCACAGGAUAUGGAGCUGUUGCCGCAGCGUACUACCCGACAUUGAUUCGUCGAAAACCAAAAGAAGCGGCUGAUUCGAAAAGAGAGAGGAAAGCGGCUAAGACACUAGCAAUAAUUACUGGCGCGUUCGUAGCGUGCUGGCUUCCUUUUUUCGUGUUAGCUAUUUUAGUGCCAACUUGCAAUUGCGAAGUGAGCCCAGUGCUUACAUCACUUUCGUUGUGGCUGGGUUAUUUUAAUUCAACACUAAAUCCGGUAAUAUAUACAGUAUUCAGUCCGGAAUUUCGUCACGCGUUCCAAAGGCUCCUUUGCGGUCGCCGCGUGCGCCGCCGUCGCGCUCCUCCUUAACAAUAGAAUUCUCCGUGUUCCUCGCUCCAACCCGACUGACCUCAUUUAGAUUCAUACAUAUUGUGUUAAUUUAUUACAUUUUCAGAGAUAUAUUUACAACCCUUAUUUGUACAUCGUGGAUGUAAAUGUAAAAUAUUUUGAAAGUAUUACGAAAAUAUCCUAUAUUAUAUAAUAAAGUAUCAACAAGCUAGUAUCGUAAUUAUUACACUAUUAUAUUCAAUAAUUAGAAACAAUAGAACUUACUGUGAUCAAUGAUUGUAGUCAUGAAAAUAAUUUAGAAAUUUAUUUUUAGGAAUAAAAUAUGAGUAAGUAUAAAA